AUGGCUGGGUUCAUAUCUGCGUCAUUUGCUGCAGCUCUUGCACUAUGGGCGGGUGUCCAUAACGAGAGAGACUCUUGCUGUGCCUCUUUGGCUCGCACUUCCCUGGAAUCCUACCUUCACUAUCCGGGCCAGACAGCGUACAAUGCUAGUCUUGAGUCAUACUUUGAUAUCAAGCAGCAGUCGAUAACACCAAACUGUAUCGUUCAACCCAGGAACGCAAAUGAUGUUUCCAUCGCAGUUAAGACUCUUACCUCCUUUUCAGAACCCUGCGAAUUUGCGAUUCGUAGUGGUGGGCACACGCCGUAUGCUGGUGCGUCUAAUAUUAAGGAUGGUGUGACCAUCGAUUUACAGUACAUCAGUAUCGUUCGGUACGAUGCUGAAAGCAACUUUGUGGAGGUUGGUCCCGGUGCUAGGUGGAAUGACGUGUUCACAGCCCUUGAGCCUUUGGGUGUUAUUACGACUGGUGGCCGAUCAUCCACUGUUGGCGUCGGCGGACUGACGCUCGGCGGUGGCAUCUCGUACUUUUCCCCGGAACAUGGCCUAAUAUGCGAUAACGUUCUGGAGUUCGAGGUUGUGCUCGCUGAUGGCAACAUAGUCACCGCCAGCAAGACCCACAACCCUGAUCUCUUCACCGUCCUGAAAGGUGGAAACAAUAACUUUGGAAUCGUUACUCAAUUCAAAUUCCGAACGUUUGCAUACGCUGGCAUGUGGGGCGGUCUUGUCAGCUAUCCAGAAGCCACUAUUCAAGACCAGUUCAAGGCGCUUGUCAACUUUGCCGACAACAUGAACGAAAAUCCCAAGUCGGCUGUCAUCGUAAUGCCUUUCUACUCGUCGAGCAUCGACAACCACCUGAUCUUGAAUGCCUAUGAUCAUGCUGAGCCUGUUGUACGUCCUUCGGCUUACAACGACUUCCUUGCGAUCCCUGGUAACAUGUCCGACACCACCGCCCUAACAGACAUGUCUAGUCUUGCGGCCGCUCUCGCUGCACCGACCACGAUGAGCGUUCACUUCGGAACCUUGACUUUCGCCAACGAUCUACGUGUGAUGGUUGAGGCUCACAAGAUCUAUUUGGAAGUGGUUGCCAACUUGAAAACGAAGGUGACGGGUGAGUGGCAGAUAUACAUCUUGUAUCAGCCUCUUGCACCGGCAUAUUGGAAGGACAGCGCUGCGCGAGGUGGAAAUGUUCUUGGGCUGGAGCGAUUCAAUGGCCAGACGCUAUGUUUGUAUCAGCCUUAUAUGUCCUGGCAAGGCGCUGCACAAAAUGAGCUCUUCCAGCAAGCCGGUGCAGACCUUAUCAACAGGAUUCGUACCUACGCGGUCAGCAUCGGUGCCGAUAACCCAUAUCUGUACCUCGACUACGCAGACAUGACCCAAGAUCCUUUAGUAGGGUAUGGAGUGGAGAAUGUCGAGAAGAUGAAGGCUGCUGCGCAAAAGUAUGACCCCCAAGGCAUAUUUCAGAAGCUCGUUCCUGGCGGCUUUAAGAUAUCUAAAGUCGCCUAA